AUGUUUUCAAAACUGAUUUAUGUAAGCCUGAUCAAGGCUCUGAUGCUGCGCCCAGUUAUAGCUCAGAGCUCAGAGCAGCAUCCCUCGCUCCCAACAUGGAGGUGCACUACCUCGGGCGGCUGCGUGCAACAAAACACUUCUGUCGUUCUAGACAAGGAUUCCAAGUAUGCUCAAGGAACUGCAGGCUCGAGGACAGCGGCAGACUAUGCGGCCAUGGGCGUCUCAACCUCGGGCAACGCCGUGACUCUAUACCACUACGUCAAAUCGGGCAGCACGCUCAACCCAGCUUCUCCUCGCAUCUACUUGCAAGAUGCUGACAACAAAUACGUUAUGAUGAACCUCCUCAAUCAGGAGUUAUCCGUAGACGUUGACUUUUCGGCCGUUCCCUGUGGGGAGAAUGGAGCUUUUUACCUCUCCGAGAUGAAGGCCGACGGUGGCGGUUCCUCUGGCGGUGCCGGAGCCGGUCAGGGCUACUGCGACGCUCAAUGCCAGGGCUACUGUUGCAGUGAAAUGGACGUCCUCGAGGCCAACGCCAAGGCGACGGCCAUGACGCCGCACCCGUGCAGCGGAAAUAAUUGCGACAAGAGCGGAUGCGGGUACAAUCCCUACGCAAGUGGCCAGCACAGCCUUUGGGCCACUGGCGGCACCGUCGACACGAGCAAGCCGUUCACGGUGGUGACGCAGUUUGCGGGCAGCAGUACAUUGACGCAAAUUACGCGCCUCUAUAUUCAGAAUGGCAAGCAAGUCAAUGGUGGAACCAUCUCCAGCUGCAACGAUGGCACCGGUGGGCUUGCAGGUAUGGGACAAGCCUUGGGCCGAGGCAUGGUCCUGGCCAUGAGCAUCUGGAAUGAUGCCGCGCAGCAAAUGGCAUGGCUAGACGCCGGCAGCAACGGCCCUUGCAAUGUUGCAGACAGCACACCUGCGUACAUUCAGUCUAACCAUCCUGAUACACAUGUCGUCUUUUCCAAUAUUCGCUGGGGCGACAUUGGGUCGACUACUAAAAACUAA